AUGUUCCCAGAGGUGGGUGACAGUGAGGGUGAGGAGCUACCCACCUUUUCUUUUCUAAAGAAGCAGCUACCUCUGAGAGAUGAAGUCGUUGUCCUCUCCAGCUCGGAUUCUGAGGACUCAUCCACUCUGUCUCCUGCAUGGAAAAAGGCCUGUAGUGGACAAGAUUCAGCCGAAGCAGCUAUUCAGCUGAAAAAAAUGUCAGAACUCAGCAGUGAAAGUGAAGAGGAUGAGGACCUGAUGCCCUUGGCUGAAAGGCUCAGGAAGAACCUCUUGAACGCCAAGCCUUCUACAGCUGGGGCUUCAUUUACUAGAAUCCAGGAGCCAAGAAGCCAAGACUUGGUUGGGCACAAGAGCCUACACUCAAAUGAUGAGCAAGUAGCCACUGAUUGCUGGCAGCAGUCACAACCCAGAGCACCAGACGUUUGGAGGAGAGCUGUACCGAAUACUUGGGAGUUGUCAGACAGCGACCAGGAAGAGGCUUCCAGAGUUCCCAAGAAACAAUCUGUGAACCAGCUUUCAGUUUGUCUCUCUCAGUGCUCAGAAGAAAAUGGAAGCCACCAAAUAGCUGAGAUGAACCCGAAGUCCUUCCCUGUUCAGACAAAAACAAAACACAGCCAGGAGGAACUUGACAAAGCUUACCAGGCCGCCAUACAGAAGAGAAAAGAUCAAGAAACUCGGAAGAGGCUGCAGGAGCAGGAAAGGGAGAGGAAGAAGGCUCUUGCCAAUCUGCGGAAGGCUCAGAGACCGGAAGAGUGUCUGAAACGCAUUCAAAUAGUGCUGGAUCCAGGUCUUUUACAGGUAGAAGGUGGUGGACAGGUGCUUACCACUCUGCAGUCCAUGGACUGUAGCUACAUCAUUGCGAAUCAAGCAGUUCCCUGCAGUAUUACCUGGAGAAGGAAAACUGGACUAACUCAAGCUGAAGAUGACAACUGGAAAGAAGAACCCGACAUCCUUGUUCUCGUGCUCCUAGAAGACUUUGUCUCCAUGAUCCAAAACGAUAAGCUGGUUAGCAUGGAAGGAUCUAGUGUGACUCUGCAGAACUUUGUGGCUGAUGUCAAGAAGAAAAUCCCUGGGAAAACUCUGGCAAUGGCUGUAGUUGAACUAGAAAAAUACUUCAGUUCUCACAAGCAGAAGCAACAAAAGAGACUGCAGCGAGCCCUACCAAACAGCAGUGAGGUACAGGGACAGGGAAAACAAAGGAAUCGGAAAGGGAAGACCAUUCCAGCCCCAGAGUUAUCCAGAGUGGAUGUGGAAGAAGCUUUAGUGGGGCUACAGCUUUCCACGGGCAUCCAGGUUCGAAUCCUCGAGAGCUGGAAGGAGUUUGCUGAUUUUGUCAGCAUGUUCACCAAGGCUGUAGCUGAAGCACCAUUCAAAAGAGAACGGGAUAAACCCAGCUUUUCCUUCUGCUUGGAGGGUGACUGGAUUGGAGGUAGAAAGGUAGACUGCUCUGGAAAAGGUCUGCUGCAAGUUUGGAAGAGACAGCUUCAGCAGUUUAACCGGGUCAGUUUAGAGAUGGCUAAUGCCAUCGUGACCAAAUACCCUUCUCCACUGCUCCUUGUACAGGCCUACAACACCACCACUUCUGAACAGGAGCGACAGAAGCUUCUUGCAGAGAUACCUGUACGCCGUGGUGAUGGUGUGACUGCCACUACAAGACGGGUUGGUCUGGAGCUCUCCAAACGGAUUUACUUACAGAUGACUUCCCAUAAUCCUGACCUUUCACUGGAUGAACCAAAAAUAUAGAUUGAAGCAGACUCUCUGUUCAAACUAUUCAUUUUAUUAUGGGGGGGAGCAUUAAACAUUUUUGAAAACAUAAAAGUUUCUCAGAGCCUGGAAAGGAGAAAUGACCCUGCCUACAGAAGUCUUCUCAGCCAACAAUCCCAAAUCUGUCUUCGUCCACUGCAGCUAAUUGAAAACGUUUACUUUCAUUUGUGAGAUAUGGUGGCAGUCUGGCAAAUAAACUUUUUAAAAAGCAACUGUUAUCCCAAACUGCUAUAUAACCCAUGAGCAGUAAAUGGCUAUCAUGCACAGUGUUAACCUCAAAGCAGAAUAGUGGAAGUUAAAGCUGUCUGUGAAUAAGUCUGACUUCAUAUAUUGUUAUUUCAACGUAGAGCUGCCCAUCCACCAAACUGGAACAAUAUUCUCCUUUCAUUCCAUAGGUUAUAGAAGACCUUAAACUCUACAUUCUUGUUUGCAAGAGCCCAACCUAUAAUCCGUUCAUAUUGAAUGAUAGGUUUGAUUAUACUUCAAAGAACAAUGGAUUAUGGAAUUUGGGUAAUGUCAGACUCGGGCCUCGUUUGCCAUAUGUUUUCUUAACUGUCUGUCUUUGAUGUCUGUAAGCUCACUGCCUUCUUAGUCUGGCUGGGAAUUGGGGAGUGUAUGUGUGGAAUUGCUUUGCUGAGAGUCACACUGGCUUGUAACUGUGUCCAUGUGAGGCCUCCCUUUGCUGGGACGUAUGUAUGCUUGACCUUGAGUACCAGGCACUGGUAGCAGACACUGCUAGGUAAUGUAACCGUAGAUUUGCAGGUGUUGAAAGAGGGCUGAUGGUGCACCGUAGAUUUUGGCAAGCUGGAUGUCUGGGUAUGAUUGGUUUGGUCGCUGGGGAGGGAUUGUUUGAAUUAUGUAUAAUAGGGGAACUGGUGCCAAGGGGUUCAGUUCUGACACAGAUUCAUCUAUGCUUGAAACCUCUUUACCUCUCAAUAAAGAAAUC